AGAUUCGCUAAUGGGCUCGGCAUCAGAAGACGAAGAGGAUGAUGACAAUAGCACAGCGUCGUCAGUAUUAAAACACCACCCCCUCCAUGGCUCCCUCCCCCCUGCACCUGGAGAAACUAACAACAACUCCCUCCCGCAUUCAGAUAUCAGCAGUUCGAUAGGACAGGACUCGAAAACGGGUCAGGACGAUUCCGAGGACCAAAACUCGCUGGACGGCGACCCGGAAACGCGGGACUCCCAGACGGAAAACAAAAGUCCGGAUGACAGCAGUGCGGGGUCGAAACGUCGAGGGCCCAGGACGACGAUCAAAGCGAAACAACUGGAGAUUCUGAAGACGGCGUUCAGUCAAACGCCGAAACCUACGAGACAUAUCAGGGAGCAGCUCGCGAAAGAAACGGGAUUGCCGAUGAGGGUCAUACAAGUAAGUAGAAUCAUUAUUACCCAUGACGAAUUUGAUUUACCAUCCACUUUAAGGUAA